AUGGAGAAAAAACUCGAGUCUCUCCAACGAGAAGAAAUAUUUUCAGAUGAUAUUUGUUUUGAAAUAAUUUCCAUGAUUGAUGAUUCGUGGUUUAUUUUGAAUAAUUGUUCCUUGAUUUCAAAACAAUUCUUUAAUGUGAUCAAGGAACGUUCAAAACUUUUUAUUGAAUUUAAAAAAAAAUUUACAGAAAAAAGAAUUGAACUAUUCACAAAGAGUCAAUUUAUGAAUAGUAUUGUUAAAGUUAAAUUUUCAACAAAUUUGUUUGUCUCUAUUGAAAAUCACAAAUUCAUAAGUGAAAUGAAACAAUUAACUUCACUUAAUAUUUCUAACAAUCAAAUUAAUGAUGAAACAGCCAAAUCAAUAAUUGAAAUGAAACGAUUAACAUCACUUGAUAUUGGUGGAAAUCAAAUUGGUGAUGAAGGAAUCAAAUUAAUUAGUGAAAUGAAACAAUUAACAUUACUUGAUAUUAGUGGAAAUAGUAUUGGUGAUAAAGGAGUCAAACCAAUUAGUAAAAUGAAACAAUUAACAUCACUUAAUAUUUAUAACAACGAAAUUGGUGUAGCAGGAUCCAAAUUUAUAAUUGAAAUGAAACAAUUAACAUCACUUGAUAUAAGCUACAAUGAAAUUGGUGAUGAAGGAGCCAAAUCAAUAAGUGAAUUGAAACAAUUAACAUCACUUACUGUUAGUGGAAAUCAAAUUGGUGAUGAAGGAAUCAAAUUAAUUAGUGAAAUGAAACAAUUAACAUUACUUGAUAUUAGUGGAAAUAGUAUUGGUGAUAAAGGAGUCAAACCAAUUAGUAAAAUGAAACAAUUAACAUCACUUAAUAUUUAUAACAACGAAAUUGGUGUAGCAGGAUCCAAAUUUAUAAUUGAAAUGAAACAAUUAACAUCACUUGAUAUAAGCUACAAUGAAAUUGGUGAUGAAGGAGCCAAAUCAAUAAGUGAAAUGAAACAAUUAACAUCACUUACUAUUAGUGGAAAUCAAAUUGGUGAUGAAGGAAUCAAAUUAAUUAGUGAAAUGAAACAAUUAACAUUACUUGAUAUUAGUGGAAAAUCAGUUGGUGAUAAAGGAGUCAAAUCAAUUAGUAAAAUGAAACAAUUAACAUCACUUACUAUUUAUACCAAUGAAAUUGGUGUAGCAGGAGCCAAAUUUAUAAGUGAAAUGAAACAAUUAACAUCACUUGAUAUAAGCUACAAUGAAAUUGGUGAUGAAGGAGCAAAAUCAAUAAGUGAAUUGAAACAAUUAACAUUACUUGAUAUUAGUGGAAAUGGAAUUGGUGAUGAAGGAUCCAAAUUUAUAAUUGGAAUGAAACAAUUAAAAUCACUUGAUAUUCAGUAG